AUGUUUGGUAAGUGUAAACAUGGAAAGUGGUUGCUUGACACCAGUGGUGGACCUAUUAAGGUGCAAGGAGGUGAAGCUGCACCUCCCCUCGUUGGAAAAGCCAUUAUAGGUGUUGCAUAUUGCAUAUCUGCUCAGCCUAGGAGAUGCACUCUAGGUCGUAAACAUGGAAAGUGGUUGCCUGACACCAGUGGUGGACCUAUUAAGGUGCAAGGAGGUGAAGCUGCACCUCCCCUCGUUGGAAAAGCCAUUAUAGGUGUUGCAUAUUGCAUAUCUGCUCAGCCUAGGAGAUGCACUCUAGGUGUUCGAUGA